AUGUCUGCAAAAUUAUUACUUUCCUUAUUGGUCGUAUGCUGCGUCAGCACUAGCUUGGCCAAUGACCAUUCGGACUUGCAGCCGCUGUUGGACCAACAAUUAAUGGUUAUGCGGCAAAUGGUGAACACAAUGAAUGGUGAGGGGCCCAGCGCGAGAGCAACACUCGUGGAUAUCAAUACUUGUUUCGAUUGGUAUAAGAGCGACCAGGCUAACAUUACCGAAACAUACGAUACGGAAUAUACAAGAUGUGUGAAUGAAACCACUGAUGCAAAGCGACUGUUGUCGGAGCAAAGUGCACAGGAGCGUAGCGAGCUACUUGCUAGCGGUCAACAAGUUUGUGCGGCGCUUAGCGGAUGUGAGUCGCUCGAUGAUGGUUUGGAGUUCUUUAGCUGUUACAAUAAUGCGUCGAGUGUUGAAGCUAGAGAAUUGCUUACAAUUGCUUCGAGUUCAGAAAGAGUUCUCAACAAUUUGACCAUUCUGUAUCAACGCAUCGACGAUGAUGAACGAGUUUGUAAAGCUGAUGCAAGAAAUGUCUACAUUAACAGCCUUUCGACUAGUGCAACGAAUUUGAACAAUUGUUUGCAAGGCACAUGGGUACCACCACAAACAACAACACCAACUCAGGCAACUCCUGCAACUCAGGCACCAACUACAACGGAAGCACCAAUUACAACACAGGCACCAAUUACAACACAAGCACCAACUACAACGGAAGCACCAAUUACAACACAAGCACCAACUACAGUUGAACCUGAGGAUGGACGCCAGGAUCGCUUACCCGAAGAAGAUGUUUACCGUUAUAUGCCAAUGUCGCGUAUGAAUAAAUGGAAUAUUCUAAGGCGUCUGUAGACGAUGGCGUACUUAAAUGCACGCUCUUGAAAAUGCCAAGUGAGCGCUCAAUUU